AUGGAGACCACGGACCUCUUGGCCUUGGUCGACGAGGCCGCUGGCUGUGACGACUGGCUCGGCCUACUCGAGGUUGACGACGAUAUGACAGCCGAUGCGCUUGGCUCUUCUCCGAGCAACGAGGAUACACUGGCCGCGCCGACGACAAAGACGGCCAAGAAGAGACCGCGCACGUCGCUGCGCAACGAAGUCACGCCCCAGCCGCCGACCGUCUGCGAUACCGAGGAGGUCGAGUUGGAAUCGGACGUCGUGUACUGUCGGUAUGUGGCGUCCAUGCUGCCGUCGGCGCUGCCGCCCGUGAACGGUCGCCUCCUGUCCCAGCGGUUUACUGAAGCCGACCGCGUCGUCUUUGUGAGUCGCUCGAUCGUGGACGAUGCGUUGUUUCCGUCUGAUCCCAGUCAUUUUGUCGACAAUCAAUGUUGCUGGAUUGUGGUCGCGCAGAGUGGAACGCAUGGUGCGCAGCUGACGUCGUUUGCCCGCUUCACGCCACCAAUGGUGCCCGCAACGAGUUCGAUGCCCAGCAACGUGACACCAGGCAUGUACUCGGAGGCCAUUCUCCACAUUCUCGGCCAAAACAGCAUGUCCCUCGCGAGCACGAUCACAAGUGUUCUGGAGGCCCAGCGCUACGAUAACCUUACAGAAGCGGUUGAUGGAUAG